AUGGCAGGGCUCCAAACGAAUGUCUAUGUCGCCGCCAUCGUCACCUGGACUGCCGCCCUUGUGGCGCUAGUACUUCGAGUAAUCGCACGGCGGAUUACGAAACAGCGUUGGUGGGUCGAUGAUUACUUUUGCGUGUGUGCCUUUAUAUUUGCGAGCAGCUACAACAUCCUCAUGAUCAUAUGGGCUGCCCGUUGGAACCUUGGCCAAACAUUCCAUCCAUCCAUCACUGAAGAUCAAAGAGUGGAGAUACUUGAACACGGCAGACGUCUCAUGCUUUGCUGCGAGUACUUCUAUGCCUUCUCAAUCGCCUCAACAAAGUUCACAAUCCUGACACUCUACUGGCGGUUAUUCAAGCUGUCAUGGAUUCGAAUUCCGAUCCAGAUUAUGUUUGUCAUAUCCGCCAUGUGGAUCAUUCUCCGAACGUUUAUGGUAUCCUUCCAAUGUAUCCCCACACGAUACUUUUGGGAUAAAUCGAUCAAUGGCCAUUGCGCCAUCAACGAGUCAAAGUUUUUCUUUGGCACAAUCCUAGCACAUUGUGUGAUGGAUAUUAUUAUUCUUGCCUUGCCGAUUAUUGAAAUCUGCAAAUUACAUCUUCGACCUCGUCAGAAGCUUGCCGUUAUUGGACUCUUCUUGGUUGGCUUUAUUGUUUGUCUCGCCUCUAUUAUUACCAUUGUUGAGUCAAUUCGAUUUAACCCCCAAACAACGGAGCUGCCACGUGACGUAGCACUGGGUUUUAUCUGGAGGAAUGUUGAGAUUAAUGUCGCAAUUGUGUCUGCUUGUUUCCCAUUGCUUCGACCAAUUUUCCGCCGCAUCUUCCCCUAUUCAUUCAUCGGCUCGUACAGCAGGAGCCAAUCUAUCAACCGAGCGGGCCACAUCCACCCCAUCAAGCUGAGCACGAUCCCAAGGACCAGUGAAGGGGAGGCCGAUGAUUCGAGCUCCACUCGUCAACUAUCAAAUCAUAUGCGUGGUUUACAUAACUCGUUAGAUUUUGGUCACGGUCAAGAAACGAUCCAGACCGUGAUAUCUAGUCACUUGCGCGAUUCCCGAAGCUAUACUGGUAUUGAACACGAUAUGCCUGGAAUAUAUGUACGAAAUGACAUGGUAGUAGAAGUGGAAGAGGUCGAACGUUCGUACGCGAUGAAAAUAUGAUACCCAAG